CACUCCUGUUUCUGUGUUGCCUUUCUCCUCAUUCCUUCGCAUCUCGUCAUGUUCAGGUUCAUAAGGCAACCUCUUUAAAAACGUUGAGUCCGUUUUAUCCGGGGCAGAAAUGGACAAAGACAGGUGACAGUCCGGCUCACCAGCGGCGUUACACGAAUGCCACGAAGAAGAAGCGGCGCGCAGGGUGUGGUGGGAUAGGAGGCUUCUCCGUGGAGGACCCGAGCGAGAGCCCCAGCUGGCUGCAGAGAAGAUGGCUGCAGCGGGGACUUUCAGGCCGACGUCUGGAGACAAGAGCACUUCUCGUCAUGCCGAGUGCUGACCACCGACUCCCCGACGUGUCGGUCCCUUCCUUCGUUGAUUCUCCUCCACUCAGUUGAGAUUGGACGGGGUGUGUGCAAACAUGGGGUCUCAAACUCUACAGAUCCUCAGGCAGGGGCUGUGGGCUUCGAUCACAGGCGGAUGGUACUACGACCCCCAUCAGAAUACGUUCGUGAACGCGUUGCAUCUGUACAUCUGGCUGUUCCUGCUGUGUUUCCCCUUCACGCUGUACAUGGCCCUGCCGCCCACCCGGGUGAUCGUGGGGGUCUACUGCGGCGUCAUCGGCACCACCUUCCUGCUGCUGAAGACGGUCAACUACCGGCUGCACCACGCCCUGGACGAGGGCGAGGUGGUGCAGCGAGGGGGCAAGGGGGCCCCGGGGGGCGGGGCCCGCGGCGAGGGGCCCCCCGCCGACGGCAACGCCCGGCAGGAAGACAGCAACGGGCCGGGGGACCCUGGAGGGGGUAUCGAGAUGGCAGACCUGAUCCGACAGGAGACCCCUCCCGUGGACUGCAGCUCCAGGAACUCCUACACUGGGACCGAGUCCAGCCACCAGAUGGCGUCCACCCACGGCGGCGGCGCCACGAGGGCCAAAGGAGGAGACAUGGGGAGGAACGCGGGUGACGACAUGAGUUUGACGCUGGUGGAAAGCUGCAGCCACGACCACGACCUGCUGUCGGACACCAAGAUGUACUGCCUGGUGUCCAACGACUCCUUCGCCUCCAUGCUACCCUCCACCUCCCUGGGCCCCCUGGAGCUGCCCCGGGACCCCCUCUCCGCCGAGCUCUGCAGCUCCUCCUCCCACCUCCUCCACCCCUUGCUGACCUCCACCUGCGAGACAGAGGCCCCGCCGGCGGCCCCCCCACCACCACCCACCACCUCCACCUCCUCCUCCUCCCUCCCCCUCCAGUCACAGUCCUUCCGCAAGGAGCUGCGGUCCCGGGGCCUCCCCCGCACCUCCAGCUCGGCGGGCGGCGCCUUCCCGGACCCCUCCCAGCCCGACCUGGCGCCGUACCCCCCCGCCCUCGCCCGGAGAGGCGGGCUGGACCCCGUGUGCGAGCUGGAGGCGGCGGCGGCGGCGGUGGCGGCGGCGGUGGCGGCGGCGGCCUGCCGGGCGCCGGGGCCCGGGGACUGGUACGACCUGCAGCGGCAGGAGCCCGCCGUGGCCUCCACCUCCGGGGCCUCGCGCGACGCGGGCGAGGGCGCCUCGGGGCCGCAGGGGGGGGCGAGGGGCCGGUGCCCGGCGGGGGGUCCCAGCGCCGAGAGCCUGCGGAGCCUGAGCACGCGCAGCAGCGGCUCCAGCGACAGCUACGGCAGCGGCAGCACGGAGCGCGACACCACCAGCACCGUCAGCAGCCUGCACAGCGAGCAGACGGGCUCCACCCGCGUGGAGAGCCUGCCGUCGCUGUCGGGGGACGAGCGGGGGUCCCGGGACCGGGGGGACACGCCGGGCUCGUCGGCGUCCGGGCCCCACCCGGAGGGCGGCGGCCGGACUUGUAGUCACGGCAACGGGGCCCCCCGGGGGCUGGGCUGCCGGCCGUCGCGCGAGGCCAACCGGAACCCCCACGCCAACGAGCUGACCGCCAAGAACCCGCCCCCCGACACGCCCGGCCCCGCCCCCAAAGACCCGCCGUCGGACCCCCGGCGGGAAGAGACGCCCGCGACAGCGGUCGGCGUGGUCGCCGUGGAAACAGAACAGCAGGAGCAGGAGCAGGGGGAGGAGGGGGGGGACGUGCGGCCCAAGUCGUCGGCCCCCGCCCACGCCUCCCCCUCCUGCUCCUCCUCGGCGGGGGCGGGGGGCCGCAGGGGGGGGCGGCGCGGCCACGGCAAGAAGCGCGCCAGCAGCUUCGACGCCAGCCGCCACCGGGAGUACGCCGCCGCCGCCGCGCGCGGCCUCGCCAAGCCGCGCAGCGCCGUGUUCCCCGCCGCCGCCAACGCUGCCGCCGCCGCCACCGCCGGCAACAACAACAACAACGAGGAGGACUGGAGCGACCAGAGCGAGCUCAGCGCCGCCUCCAGCCGGGCGUCGGCCCACCGCCUCAGCACCGACAGCUCCUCCAGCCUCACCUCGCGCUCCUGCCACUCCCCCGAGGGCUGCUACCGCGCCCUGAGGCCCCCGCCCCCCUCCUCCGGCCCCCCUCCCCCCGCCGCCGCCGCCGCCACCACCGCCACCUCGGCCCGGAGGCCCCGCCCCUCCCGCCGCGCCGCCUCCGCCGCCGCCGCCGGCAGCCCCGGCGGCGCCCGGAGCCACGCCCGCGUGCUGAGCCUGGACAGCGGCACGGCGGCCUGCCUUAGCGACCCCCGCCGCCUGGGGGCCGCCCCCCCCCCCGGCGCCGGCCCCGCCCCCCCCCGCGCCGCCGGGCCCCACCCGCCCCUCACCUCCUCCAAGUCGGACCUGGAAGCCAAAGAAGGGGAGGUGCUGGACGCGGCCUCGCUGCUGGGCCGCGCCUCCCAGCUGGAGUCGGUCACCCGCUCCCGGAACGGCCCCCCCGGCCAGGCCGGGCCCCCCGGGGAGGCGCCCGACGCCCCCGCCGCCGGCUCCUCCUCCUCCUCCUCCGUCUCCACCGCCGUCGCGCUGCGAGGUCAGGGCGGGGGUGAGGAGCCGGUGACGUUCCGGAGGGAGCGCAGCACGUUCCGGCGCCAGGCGGUGAGGCGGCGCCACAACGCCGGGAGCAACCCCACCCCCACCGCCUCGCUGGUGGGCUCCCCGCUCAGCCUCCAAGACGUGCUCAGCCAGGCGUCGCAGUCGUCGUCGUCGACGUCCCAGGUCAAAGGUCAGCCGUCGCGGGCGUCGUCCCAGGUGACGGUGCUGAGCGCCAGCGCCUCCCUGCUGGCCAGGACGGGCAGCUCGCACCUGGAGGGCGCCCAGGACAAGGCCUCGCUGGUGGGCGGGGCCAGUCUCCACGACGACUACGGCAAGCUGGCGCCGUCGCUGUACGAGGUGACGGGCGGCUGCACCCUGGGCAGCUUCGUACCAGAAACCCGCCGGGCCUCCAACAACCUGUGGGAAACGGACUCUCACCUGUCCAGUACUACCUCGGUGCGCUUCUUCCCCCAUGACCUGAUCCGUCUGAACCAGCUGCUGGCCAUGGACCCGGAGCGCCUGGACCCCCACGGGGACGGGGACCUGAGCCCCGACCUCCAGGACGCCCCGCCCCCGCCGGCCGGCCUGGACGACCCCGCCGCGACCCCCGGCACGGCCGCCGCCGCCGCCGCCGCUAAGGUCAAGCAGUACUACCGCUUCUGGCUGCUGCCCUACCUCUGGGUGGGGCUGCACUUCGACCGGCUCACCCUGCUGGCGCUGUUCGACCGGAACCGGGAGGUGCUGGAGAACGUGCUGGCGGUGGCGCUGGCGGUGCUGGUGGCGUUCCUGGGCUCGGUGCUGCUGGUCAACGACUUCUUCACGGACAUCUGGGUGUUCCAGUUCUGCCUGGUCAUCGCCAGCUGCCAGUACUCCCUGCUCAAGAGUGUUCAACCAGACUCCUCGUCUCCUCGCCAUGGCCACAACCGCAUCAUCGCGUACAGCCGGCCCGUGUACUUCUGCCUGUGCUGUGGUCUGGUGUGGCUGCUGCACCACGGGAGCCUGGCCAGCCGCUCCUCCUCCCGCUUCUCCCUGUACGGGGUGGGCCUGACCAGCUCCCUGCUGCUGGCCUCCGCCCGGGACCUCCUCAUAGUGUUUACCUUGUGUUUCCCGCUCAUCUUCUUCGUGGGGCUGCUGCCCCAGGUCAACACCUUCUUCAUGUACCUGCUGGAGCAGGUGGACAUCCACGUUUUCGGUGGGAACGCCACCAGCAGCCUAGCGUCGGCGCUGUACAGCGUGCUGCGCAGCGUCCUCACCGUGGCUCUGCUGUACGGCCUCUGCUACGGAGCGCUGAAGGAGGCGUGGGAGCCCCACCACAUCCCGGUGCUGUUCUCGGUGUUCUGCGGCCUCCUGGUGGCCGUCUCCUACCACCUCAGCCGCCAGAGCAGCGACCCCUCCGUCCUCAUAUCCCUGAUCCAGUCCAAGAUCCUCCCCAAGCUGAAGGACAAGGACCCUGAAGACCCCCUGUUCGAGGUGCAGGACCCCCUGCCCGACAAGCUCAAAGCCUCUGUGAACGAGCGCCUGCAGUCGGACCUCAUCAUCUGUGUUCUGAUCGCUGUGCUCUUCUUCGCCAUCCACGUCAGCACCGUGUUCAUCGCCCUGCAGCCCUACCUGAGCUACGUGCUGUACGGCCUGCUGACUCUGGUGGGGCUGCUGACCCACUACCUGCUGCCUCAGGUCCGCAAGCAGCUGCCCUGGUACUGCUUCUCCCAGCCACUGCUCAAGACCCGCGAGUACUACCAGUUCGAGGUCCGAGACGCGGCCCAUGUGAUGUGGUUCGAGAAGCUCCACGUGUGGCUGCUCUUCCUGGAGAAGAACGCGCUGUACCCCCUGGUCAUCCUCAACGAGAUGAGCCGCAGCGCCUGGAAGCUGGCCAGCCCCAAGAAGUUGGACACAGAGCUGGGCGCUCUGAUGAUCACGGUGGCGGGCCUCAAGCUGCUGCGCUCCUCCUACAGCUGCCCCACCUACCAGUACGCCACCGUUCUCUUCACCGUCCUCUUCUUCACCUUCGACUGCCCCCACCUGUCCGAGACGCUCCUGCUCGACCUCUUCCUCAUGUCCAUCGUCUUCAGCAAGCUGUGGGAGCUGUUCUACAAGCUGCGUUUCGUCUACACCUACAUCGCCCCGUGGCAGAUCACCUGGGGCUCGGCCUUCCACGCCUUCGCGCAGCCCUUCGCCGUGCCUCACUCCGCCAUGCUGCUGGUCCAGGCUCUGGUCUCCGCCUUCUUCUCCACGCCGCUCAACCCCUUCCUGGGCAGCGCCAUCUUCAUCACCUCCUACGUCCGCCCCGUCAAGUUCUGGGAGAGGGACUACAACACCAAGAGAGUGGACCACUCCAACACACGUCUGGUGUCUCAGCUGGACAGGAACCCAGGCUCGGACGACAACAACCUGAACUCCAUCUUCUACGAGCACCUGACGCGCUCGCUGCAGCACAGCCUGUGCGGGGACCUGAUGCUUGGCCGGUGGGGCGCCGUGACCACGGGGGACUGCUUCAUCCUGGCCUCCGACUACCUCAACGCCCUGGUGCACCUGGUGGAGCUCGGCAACGGCCUGGUGGCCUUCCAGCUGCGCGGCCUGGAGUUCAGAGGGACGUACUGCCAGCAGCGGGAGGUGGAGGCCAUCACGGAGGGGGUGGAGGAGGACGAGGGCUGCUGCUGCUGCGAGCCGGGCCACCUGCCCCACGUGCUCUCCUUCAACGCCGCCUUCGGCCAGCGCUGGCUGGCCUGGGAGGUGCUGGUCACCAAGUACGUGCUGGAGGGCUACAGCAUCACCGACAACAGCGCCGCCUCCAUGCUGCAGGUGUUCGACCUGCGCCGCAUCCUCACCAUCUACUACGUCAAGGGGAUCAUCUACUAUGUGGUGGCGAACCCCAAGCUGGAGGAGUGGCUGGCCAACGAGACCAUGAGGGACGGGCUGCGGCCGUGCGCCGAGCGCAACUACGUGGACCUGGACCCCACCUUCAACCCCAACAUCGACGAGGACUACGACCACCGGCUGGCGGGCAUCUCCAGGGACAGCUUCUGCGGGGUCUACCUGGGCUGGAUCCAGUACUGCAACUCCAGGAGAGCCAAGCCGCUGGACAGUGAGAAGGACUCGGCCCUGGUGCUGCUGUGCUUCGGCCUGUGCGUGCUCGGCCGCCGCGCCCUGGGCACCGCCGCGCACCACAUGUCCAGUAACCUGGAGUCCUUCCUGUUCGGCCUGCACGCUCUCUUCAAGGGGGACUUCCGGAUCUCUUCCCUGCGUGACGAGUGGAUCUUCGCGGACAUGGAGCUGCUCAGGAAGGUGGUGGUGCCGGGGGUCAGGAUGUCCCUCAAGCUCCACCAGGACCACUUCACGUCCCCUGAUGAGUACGAGGACCCGGUGGUUCUGUUCGAGGCCAUCUCGGAGCACCAGGUGAGCCUGGUGAUGGCCCACGAGGGCGACCCGGCUUGGCGCAGCGCAGUGCUGUCCAACGCGCCCGCUCUGCUCGCCCUGCGCCACGUCCUGGACGAGGGCACCAACGAGUACAAGAUCAUCAUGCUCAACCGGCGCUACCUCAGCUUCAGGGUCAUCAAGGUGAACAAGGAGUGCGUGCGCGGCCUGUGGGCGGGGCAGCAGCAGGAGCUGGUCUUCCUGCGCAACCGGAACCCGGAGCGCGGCAGCAUCCAGAACGCCAAGCAGGCGCUGCGCAACAUGAUCAACUCGUCGUGCGACCAGCCCAUCGGCUACCCCAUCUACGUCUCGCCCCUCACCACCUCCUACUGCGACUCGCACCCGCAGCUUCCGCGCGUGCUGGGCGGGCCCAUCAGCAUGGGCAACAUCCGCAGCUUCGUGGUCGGCACCUGGCACAGGCUGAGGAAGGGCUGCGGGGCCGGCUGCAACAGCGGGGGCAACAUGGAGGACUCGGACGGCGGUGGGGUCUCGUGCGGCAGCGGGAACGGCACGGGGGCCAGCGACUCCCAGCAGAGCUCCGUGUCCCAGGGCGGGACCCCCGGGGGCCCCCCGCACCACCCCCACCACACGCACCACUCCAUGGGCACCAGCCAGAGCUGCCAGUCGGUGCAGUCGGGCCUGGCCCGCCACUCCCCGGCGCGGGCCUCGGUGGUAAGCGGGGUGUCGUCGUACCGCUACAGCAGCAGCCGCCACUCCUCCUCCCUGCGCACCUCCACCACGGGCCUGGAGCCCUGCCCGCGCUCCUCCUCCAGCCAGCUGUCGCUGCACACGCUGCCCGCCUCCCUGCACCUGCGGCUGGGCUCGGUCUCGGAGCCGGCCGGCCCCCCCUCGGGGCCCCCCUCCGCCUCGCUCUCCAACCACAGCAUCCCGUCCUGUAAGCGCCACACGCUGGUGGGGCUGCUGGCCGCCGCCGACGCGCCCCCCUGCGGCCCGGCCUGCGCCGCCGCCUCCACCUCCUCGUCCUCGUCCUCCUCCAACGCCGCCGCCGCCUCGGCGUCCGACCCCCUGGGGCAGAGCCAGCACCUCCACCACCACCACCACCACCACCUCCCUCACCACCACCACCACCACCAGCACUACCCCCACUACCACAACCCCACCGUGGCCACGGUGCGCCGCGACGACAUCUCCUACCGGGUGCAGAUCGUGGACGUGAGCCAGGUGCUAGAGACCAUCAACCUGUCCAAGAGGAAGGGGCUGCUGUGGCCUGACGAGGCCCUGAGGGUAAAGGCCGGGCGCAGCAGCUGGAGGGAGUGGAGCCCCCUGGAGGGCAUGGAGGGACACGUGAUCCACCGCUGGGUGUCCCGGAGCCGCGAGCCGGCCAGCCGCUCGCACACGGACAAGACCAUCCUGCUGGUGCAGGUGGACGACAGGCUGGUGCCCAUCCUGGAGACGGGGGUGAUGGAGCUGGGGGCGGAGGUCUGAGACCCCCGCCCGACCGCUGCUCCCCCUAGCCCCAGGCCCCGCCUCCCUCCACCCAGCCUUCAUCCAACGGCCCCCCACCCCACCGGCUCCUCCCCCACCAGACACCCAGCCUACCUCCACCUGGCCCCGCCCCCACCCGACCACCCCUCCCCCACGCCGCCCCCACCAGCUCCGACCUUCGCUCCCUGUGUCUCCCGGCUGAGAGAGGAGGGGCUUUGUUUUGUUUUUCAAAGUAAAGGUCCCCCUCCGUUGCUUUUGAAUGGAAGAAACCUCCAGGCCCCAGCCGGGCUGAGGAAGAAGGGUCCUUGGGACCUGCUCCCUCUCUCUCCUGCGCCUGGCUGCUGAGCGGACGGAACCGCUGGAACAUCUGGAACCUCCCCUCCGGAAACCCACGAGUAGAAAAAGGUUUUUUAUUUUUUAUUUCACUCUCUCUCUCUCCUCUGCCGUGUGUUUUGCCGACAGAGGAGGGAAGAAGAAGCUCCCGCGUUGCUUUCGUUGUUCCGAUCCGAAUAGAGGGUUUGUGAAUCGGCACAACAUGCAGGCAGAGCUGCCGCUGAGCAGAACCAGUGGUUGGAGGGAAAACACGGCGGGUACCUUGACCCCCUGGACCUGGAUUUUCCCCCCUCUCCCUUACCUGGAAACCAUUGAGACGGACCCCUCCCUGCAGCACAGCUCCUUUACCGCAUCACACACACACACACACACACACACACACACACACACACACACACACACACACACACACACACACACACACACACACACACACACAGUAUCCUCCGCCUUGCUUCGUGAAGCUCACCGAUGCUGCAUGAUGUCUGACAGCCCUCUGAACUCAGUCUGCCUCAUAACCUUUUUCUAUGCAUCUCAUUGACCACUUCAUUGGACGAUGCACACACACACACACACGCACGGAUACACAUGCACACAAACACAUACACACGCCCAAGGAAGCACACACGCUCGCAGACACACGCACACAUACACAAACACACGCUCCCGGACACACACAAACUCGCGCACACACACACGCUCACGUACGCACACGCGCACGUUCUGCGUGAAAUAGAAUGCAGGUUUUGACGUGUGUUUCAGACAGCGUUGAGUGUUUUAUUGUUUUAUUUUGGUUUUUGGAUUGUUUGCCAAAUGAGUCCAGGUAGCGGGGUACCGACCUGGGCUUCCUGCUACACCUGUACGCUUUCUGUUUCCUGUUGUUGCCAAGACCCCCCGCGCAGUCUGCUAGGCUGACUCUGGGGGGGCCUACCCGCGCUGAACACCGCCAUUUUGAUUUGACAUUAGUGUUGUCUCCCGGGUCGCCAUUCCUUCUGGAUGUCUACGGUUCGCUCCGAAAAAGAGAUACGAACUUGCACUAUUAUUUCAUUUUUUCUUUUUUCUUUACUUUAUUCUUUACUUUACAGUGACGCACUACAAUCUUAAUAUAAUAUCCACUUUUAUUUAUUGUUUAUUAGACAGAGUAAGUUGCCAUGGUUACAGUUGCCUUGGGAAUGAGAAAUAAAAUGCAAUCGUUCUAUUUGCAGCCAUUUAUCUUACCGUUUUACGUUUGAUAAACUUGAAGAUAACUUUUUACUGUAUAUGAUUAUAUAUAUAUAUAUAUAUAUAUAAAAAUGACUAUAUAUAUAUUAUGUCUAUGUAAAAAAUAUAUUGUUUUGAAUAUUUAUUACUGUAAACAUUGUAUUUACACUUUGUUACGGCUUUUUUCAUUCAUUGGACAAAAGGUUAACGUAUCCGGAGACAAUCUGGUGGAAACGCGGGAUGCCGGAACUCUUGAUGGACUGUUGCCCUGUUUAACUUAAAUUCUUUUUCUAAAUGGAGAAAUAAAGCAGUUUGAUUUAUUGCUUAUAUCUUCUUAA